AUGCUUCGCUAUAUGAGAUCUACUGAGGCACAAAAUCAACAAAAUGACGAUCUCGUCGUCUACGAUGAACUUGAUCAGCGCCCUACAUGGUAUCAGAACAUACUAGGCAACUGGCACCAUGUGACCGUGGACCCGAAGAAUGUGCAAGCGAUACUGGCAACACAGUUCAAUAAUUUUGAGCUUGGUCCUCUGCGCUCCGGGGUGUUCAGCCCAUUCAUUGGAAAAGGUAUUUUCACUAGCGAUGGCAAAGAAUGGUCGCACUCCCGAGGGCUCUUGAGGCCCCAAUUUACGCGAGCACAGGUUGCUGACUUGGCUUUGGAAGAGACUCAUGUCCAGGCCCUCUUCGACUGUUUGCCCGUGAACCCAGACUCAUGGACUGCCACGGUCGAUCUUGCUCCUCUGUUUUUCCGUUUAACACUUGACUCAGCCACGGAAUUCCUCUUCGGGCAAAGCGUGCACUCUCAGAAAGCUGCCACAAUGAUAGCGACGAAAGAAACGGGUCAGCAAGAACUCGAAUGGGCAUCCUUCGGGCAAUGUUUUGACAAUGCCAACUUGGGGGUGUGUUAUCGUUCUCGCUUAAUGGACCUAUACUACCUUUACUCGCCUCUGUCAUUCCGUAGGAAUUGUCGAGAGGUCCACCGAUUUGCAGAUUACUACGUGCGACGAGCUCUGGAAUCGGACUUAUCAUCGAGCAACGGCGCAGAGAAGGUGGCCACGAAGCAACACACCUAUGUCUUUCUGGACGAGCUCGUGAAAGUGACAAAAGACCCCCAAGAACUCCGAGGUCAGCUUUUGAAUAUUCUACUUGCUGGCCGAGAUACAACCGCGGGCUUACUCGGGUGGACAUUCUACCUCCUCGCUCGAAACCCAGAGAUCUACACUAUCCUUCGCAAAGCCAUUAUCGAUCAUUUUGGUGUAUACCCCUCCACAGAAAACAUCUCCUUUGAGACUCUCAAAUCAUGUACGUAUCUACAAAACGUCAUGUCAGAGGUCCUACGUCUUCACCCAAUCGUGCCAGAGAACGGUCGACGUGCCGUCAGAGAUACAACACUUCCACGGGGCGGCGGCGUGGACGGUCUUUCGCCAGUGUACAUUCGUAAAGGCUCGGAGGUGGCCUACAAUGUGCAUAUCAUGCAUCGACGUACAGAUAUCUGGGGCCCUGAUGCCCAUGAGUUCAAACCUGAGAGAUGGAAUCACCGCAAGACUGGGUGGGAGUAUCUCCCUUUCAAUGGCGGACCACGAAUCUGUCUAGGCCAACAAUUUGCUCUGACUGAAGCUGGCUAUGUUAUUGCCAGAAUUGUGCAAAGGUUUGAUCAAAUCGAAAGCAUGGACACAGAAGCGAUUACACGGCAUCGUUAUACAGUGACCACAUCACCCGUUAACACGCUUGUGAGAUUGCACAAUGCUGUAUCAUCAAAGUGA